AUGAGUAGCGACCUCUUGGCUUUGACCUCUGGGGGGUUCUGGGGACUCAAAGUAAACAGAGGCUUCCAGAGCUCCCCAGAGGAGGUUCCUGCAGCUGCUGCAGCGCCUCGGCACAGCCUGGGUGUCCUCCAUGCCUCCUACAGCGUCAGCAAUCACAUCGGGCCCUGGUGGGACAUCAGAUCUUACCAGCAGCGGUGGAACAGGCAGAUCCUCAAAGACAUCUCCUUGUACAUCGAGAGCGGGCAGAUCAUGUGCAUCUUAGGGAGCUCAGGCUCAGGGAAAACCACGCUGCUAGAUGCCAUGUCCGGGAGGCUGCAGCACAAGGGGACCUUCCUCGGGGAGGUCUGUGUCAACGGCCAGGCGCUGCGCAGGGAGCAGUUCCAGGACUGCUUCUCCUACGUCCUGCAGAACGACACGCUGCUCAGCAGCCUCACGGUGCGCGAGACACUGCACUACACGGCGCUGCUGGCCAUCCGCCCAGACUACCCCGGCCACCUCCAGAAGAAGGUGGAAACGGUCAUGGCAGAGCUGAGUCUGAGCCACGUGGCAGACCAACAGAUUGGUAAUUACAAUUUGGGAGGAAUUUCCAGCGGUGAGCGGCGUAGGGUCUCCAUUGCAGCCCAGCUCCUCCAGAAUCCCAAGGUCAUGCUACUUGAUGAGCCGACCACAGGCCUGGACUGCUUGACUGCGAACCAUAUCGUCGUCCUCCUAGCCCAGCUGGCCCGCAGGAACCGCAUCGUGAUCCUCACCAUCCACCAGCCCCGCUCUGAGCUCUUUCAGCUCUUUGACAAAAUCGCCAUCCUCAGCUUCGGAGAGCUGGUUUUCUGCGGCACACCAGUGGAAUUGCUUGAUUUCUUUAGUGACUGUGGUUACCCUUGUCCUGAACAUUCAAACCCUUUUGACUUCUAUAUGGAUCUGACAUCAGUGGAUACCCAAAGCAAAGAACGGGAAAUAAAAACCUACCAGAGAGUCCAGAUGAUUGAAUCUGCCUACAGAGAAUCAGCAAUUUGCCACAAAACUUUGGAGAAUAUUGAAAGAACAAAACACCUCAGAACAUUGCCAAUGGUUCCCUUCAAAACCAGAGAAUCUCCUGGAGCUCUCUCUAAACUGGGUGUUCUCUUGAGGAGAGUGAUGAGAAACUCACUGAGAGAGAAGCUGGCAGUGAUUAUGCGUCUCGUUCAGAAUCUGAUCAUGGGUCUGUUCAUCAUUUUCUUCCUCCUACGGGUCCAGAACAAUGUGCUGACGGGUGCCGUCCAGGACCGCGUGGGUAUCCUGUACCAGUUUGUGGGUGCCACCCCGUACACAGGCAUGCUCAAUGCUGUGACUCUGUUUCCUGUGCUGCGAGCUGUCAGUGACCAGGAGAGUCAAGACGGCCUGUACCAGAAGUGGCAGAUGCUGCUGGCCUAUAUGCUGCACAUCCUCCCCUUCAGCAUCGUUGCCAUUGUGCUCUUCAGCAGUGUGAGCUACUGGACUCUGGGCUUAUAUCCUGAGCCUGCCAGAUUUGGAUACUUCUCUGCUGCUCUCUUGGCCCCCCACUUAAUUGGUGAAUUUCUAACUCUCGUGCUACUUGGUAUUAUCCAAAACCCAAACUUAGUUAACAGUGUAGUGGCUCUGCUGAGCAUUGCUGGGGUGCUUGUUGGAUCUGGAUUCGUCAGAAACGUGGAAGAAAUGCCUGUUCUUUUUAAAAUCAUCAGUUAUUUUACAUUUCAAAAAUAUUGCAGUGAGAUUCUUGUAGUCAAUGAGUUCUAUGGACUGGAUUUAACUUGUGGCAGCUCAAAUGGUUCUGUGACAACUAAUCCAAUGUGUAUCUACACUAAUGGAAUUCAGUUCAUUGAGAAUACCUGCCCAGGUGCAACAUCCAGAUUCAAAACAAACUUUCUGAUUUUAUAUGCAUUUAUUCCAGUUCUUGUCAUCCUAGGAAUACUUGUUUUUAAAAUAAGGGAUUAUCUCAUUAGCAGAUAG